AUGGAUACGCAUUCGGGUUCGGCGGAGAAUGGCGACCGCCAUUCCUCGCCUCCUAAGCAGCAGCAGCAGCAACCCAUGUCUCUGGGCCGUCUGCUAGAAAUGCAUGCCAACACACAAGGCCAGUCGGACGUCACAGCGACAACAGACCCUCCAGGCCCUACAACCUCGGCGGCGUCGGAGGACACGCUGCAGAACCAACCUGCGGGUCCUGAGGGCUCUCAAUCAACGACGACGAAAAAGAAGAAGAAAAACCGUCAUCGUCGGCGCCGCAAUCAUCGACAGUCUUUUCUCGCGCCAGAUGAGGACCGUCCCGGCCAGAUCAUGGCAGAUCGAACAUCGGACCUGGCUGCCUCAGUCCAGGAGCGGCCUCGAGAGCGGUCUUCGUUCUAUCGCGGACGGAAUCUGAGCACCACGAGCUUGGAGAGCGAGGCGCUGUUGGAUCAUCGAAAUCAGCCGCACCAGAUGCGGGCCCGGCGCGACAGCCGUCUCAACCAGUCCUUCCGUGCCGAAUCUUUUAAUAGAGCAUCGUUCUUUGCCAAUAACGCCGAGGGGCCUACUCCGCGUCGACAUCGUUCCGGCCAGAGUUAUCAGCAUCGAUCUGAAAGCGAGGAUCUUGGCGAAGAUGGGGAAGAGGAUGAGCAAGAGAUGGAUGACCGCACCCCGCUGAUAGCUUCCCACUACGCCUCGAGUCCCUCGCGGGUUGACUACGGCACGGACAUGAGAACAGCCUCGUAUGUCUCCCGGACGCCGCGGAGACCAUCCGUCGACACCAGUUCCUCCCGUCGUUCCUCCCGUCGCGCCCAAUCUUCCAAGCCAAGUCCUAUGGGACCCCAGAGUCAAGAUCGCGACUACGAUGUCAAUAACCCGCCCUCCGUUCCUGGGAGUCCCAAGGCCGGCGUCGCUGACAUGGGAUAUGACGACGCUGUGGUCACCGGUGCUGAAUUCCCUGGUCCUCGUUCUCCCGAUACCUGUCGGGACUCCGUCCAUGAUGCGGUGAUCGAUAUGGAAGGGAGCAGAAGGGCAGGCACUCAUUCUGGAGACUCGGCGCCGCCAUCCCCCAACAUACCACCUCAGGAUUCUCUCCACCGUCGCCGCACUAUCACGCUGCCUGUCGAGGGAGAUGUCUGUUUCCCGACGGAACUGGCGGAAGAUUUUGGUCCCCGCGCCUCGCGUGACGAGACGGGAGGGCGACGCCGUCGUCGACGACAGGAAUGGCCCAACUUGGCUGUCCUGGAGGAGUGGAGCCGCGAAGAGAAGGAAGAGCGCAGCGGAGAGUUCAGGGUCAAGAAAAUCAGCGAGCCCGUCCUUGUUGGGGGCCGGUUACGUCCCCAGUAUGCGGGCUGGCGGAGAGAAGAGGAGGAAGCCCCGUACCGGUUUACCUACUUUAACGAGGAUUUCCAGAGCACCAUCCACGCGCAGACCAUUUCGGAGCUCGUUCAGCCGGGAGGUAGCUUCCGGGAGCUCUUCCUCCCGGAUCCACCGGAGCUGGAGGAUUCUUCAUCGGACGAAGAUGAAGACCUGAUCUCGCUCAACGAGCCAGGUGGCCAUCAAAACUACCGUCUCAGCAAUGGUCAGGAAUCGGGGGGGAGUCGAGGCCCGGAAAGUGUCACGCCUGCUCGGAGCGAGAACGAGCCCAGGAAGGAAAGUCGUCCGUCCAGCCAGUUCGACAUCCGGUCCGACACCGAUACCUCGAUCAUGCAGCAGCAGACGCCCCGACAGCCCAAGCCCAAACGCUACGGGCCACGUCCGACGUGGUGGCUGGACGUGCUGUCUCCUACCGACCCGGAGAUGCGGGUGAUCGCCAAGACGUUUGGGAUCCAUGCUCUGACGGCGGAGGAUAUCAUGAUGCAGGAGGCCCGCGAGAAGGUGGAGCUGUUCCGCCAUUAUUAUUUCCUGAACUACCGGACCUUUGAGCAGGAUCCCAACAGCGAGAACUACCUGCAGCCCGUCAACAUGUACGUCGUGGUCUUCCGCGAAGGCGUUCUGAGCUUCCACUUUUCACAGACGCCGCACCCGGCCAACGUGCGUCGGCGCAUCCGGCAGCUGCGUGACUACCUCAUCCUGAGCUCGGACUGGAUCUGCUACGCACUGAUCGACGACAUUACCGACGUGUUUGGUCCGCUGAUCCAGUCGAUCGAAAAUGAGGUUGACGACGUAGAUGACGCCAUUAUGCAGAUGCACUCGCGGGAUGACGUGGACAAGGAAUUCCGCCACGGCAAGAAAAACGACACCAAUAACAACGACGAUACGUCUCCAGUGGCAGGCGGCGACAUGUUGCGACGGGUGGGCGAGUGCCGAAAGAAGGUGAUGGGCAUGUACCGGCUGCUGAGCAACAAGGCGGACGUGAUUAAGGGUUUUGCGAAGCGCUGCAACGAGCAGUGGGAGGUGGCGCCCAAGUCGGAGAUUGGCUUGUAUCUGGGCGAUAUCCAGGAUCACAUCAUGACCAUGACGAGCAACCUGACACAUUACGAGACGCUGCUGUCUCGCGCGCACUCCAACUACCUGGCUCAGAUCAACAUUCUGAUGAACGAGCGCCAGGAGAGGACUGCCGACGUGCUGGGCAAGCUGACCGUGCUGGGGACAAUAGUGUUGCCGAUGAAUAUCAUCUGCGGGAUGUGGGGGAUGAACGUGAAAGUUCCGGGACAGGAUGUGGAUAAUCUGUAUUGGUUUUGGUCAAUUACUGCCGGCCUACUCUUUUUUGGAGUUGUUUGCUUCUAUGUCGCCAAACGAGUCUACCGAAUUGUCUAG